AUGAAAUGUGACGUCGAUAACAUCGUGCUCUCUGGAGGCUCUACUAUGCUCCCAGGUUUUGAAGAACGUAUGCUAAAGGAAAAGGCUUUGCUUUCUCCUGAUUAUAAAAUCAAGGUCGUGGCUUCACCAGAAGCUAAAUACUCUGCCUGGAUUGGAGGUUCAAUUUUUUUCCUCUCUCCACUUUCCAAGAAUACAGUACCACCAAAGAAGAAUACAAUGAAAAGGUUCAUCCAUUAUUCAAAAAGAUUUUCUACUUUAUUAAAAAAAGAAGAAGAAGGGGGGGAAUUAGUUAAUCAAGAUAAAGUGAGUAAUUGA